AUGCAAGAUCAAUCUCGGUCAACUCAAAAAAGAUCAAGGCAAGCAGAGGCUCAAAGUCUCUACGAGCAAAUAUCAGAUGAUAGAGAGCUGAUUGAGACCAUUGGAUCAAUUUUAGAAACAAAUGCUUGCGGAAAUCAUAAAAUUGCCGAAGAAUUACAAAACAAAUCAAUGACUGAUUUCCAACAUAUUAUAAAUCCGCCGUAUUACACUAAAUUGGAUGCUAUUUUUGAACUUGAUGAGCCUCCAGUUUGGAUUGAGCCUUUAAUCGAAGAUAAGAAGUGGGCAACUAUUAUUAUAAAUCUUGCAAGCAAAUAUCCUGAUUCCAAAUUCUUCAAAUUCUGCUAUAAUUUGAUUUUCAAAAUUCAUCCAGAACUUAUUGAUUCAAUUCCAGCAAAUUCAUUAGGAUCCCAAGAUUACACAUCGUUUUUGAUAAAAACAAUUACUGCUCCUGAUUUCGGACCACAAAAUCACGAAAAACUUUUAAGAAUUAUUCUCACAGAUGAUUUAACUUUAGUUAAAAGUGCGAUGUUGAUUUACCAAACCCACAACAUUCCUCUGAUUUUAGAUGUCUACAAAUGGAUUUCUGCGUCUCCUGGAGGAAAGAAAAAAGCUGAUCUCUAUUUGAGAAUAAUUCUAAGCUUCGAGAACUGCUCACACGAUAUGUUCCAAUUUAUUAUUGGUGAAACAUUCGCACAAAGGAACUGUGCAAGAUUAUGCGAACAAAUCAUCAACCUUAACAGAGAAAUCACUCCUAUUACAGCAAAACUCGCAAUUACUAUGUUUAAUAAGGUAGCUUUAACCGAUGCAGCUACGAUUAAAAAACUUAUGGCCAGAGAAGACGAAAUUAAACAGGCACAACCUCCAAUUCCCCAACAGAACCCGAGCCAAGACCAAGAAAAUCCUUCUUCUCAACCUCAUGUCCCUCCAUCCAAUCAACCAAUUACAGAUGACCAAAUUUCCAGAGUUGUUGAUGGAAUUAAGAAUUGGAUGGUUGCCAAUAGCUUCAGAGAUUUCAUUGCAUUAUGCAGAUAUAGAUUUUUCUCAGUUCAACUCGUAGAAUUAAUUCGAGAACGCGAUCUUGCCAAAAAUGACCUCGUAAGAUACGGAAAUUUCAAAGAAACACUUGAAGAAAAGGUUUUCUGCGAAAUUGGCUUCAAACACGAAGAUCUUCGCGGAUAUAUUGUCAGCAUUGUUGGAGAUUUACUUGCCUGCAAGUUCGAAAUCGAUAGUAAUUACGAUUCUCUCUUCAAAAUUUGCAGAUGUUUCAUUUAUUUCGGUAAUGUUCAAGAAACUUUGAAUAAUAUGCUUAGAAUCAAUCCGAAAUGCAGAGAUGAUACGAAAAGAAUUAUACUUAAAUGGAUGGAAGGCUUUGAACCUCCAUUUUCGCCUUUAUUCGUUAAUUGUUUGUUGAAUCUUUUGUUAUCUGAACCUUAUUCAAAGGCUGUCUUCAUGAAGACACGUCCUGAACUUGCAAAGGGUGUAAAGAUGUGGGUAGAUAAAGUAACAACCUUAGCAGAACCAAGAAUGCUUAAUGAUAUCAACCGUAUAUUUUCAGAUAUAAUCAGAUAA